UCCCUCAGCACACAGACACACGCUCACUCUCCCUAAAGGAGGGAGCGAGGCAGAAACACAGAGAGGGAUUGAGAGGAGGCUAUCUCUGGGCUGCUCUACACAGCAGCGUCUGGCUUUCACUGAAGGUCCGUGACCGUGUUUUUCCUGCUUGUUUGCCUAAUUUAUUCCUGUCGGGGCCAGCCGAAAGAAAGGCGGAAAGAAAAAAGAGGAACGGGGCAGAAUAGUAAAGAGUGCAACAGUACACCCUGACUCGCUGACAGGGAAUGCAGAGAGGUUCUGGCCUCUGGUUGUUACUGCUGGAUGGACAAGCACUGACAAAACAAGAGGAGGAAGAGAGAGACAACACUUUGUGGAGCUUUCAGAGAGGAGGUGCAACUGCAACUUAAAGGCCAAGAGACACUGGAGAUUUCUCAACUCUGCUUUUGUUUUUUUUUCUGUGACAUUUGAGCCUCUGACACCACAGAGGAGUUGGAGGAACCUCAAGAAAACAUAAUUUAACCGCAGACGACAGACCAGGAGGACUUCUUUGAUGAAACUUUGUUGCUGUAGAAACCACAGAGGCAUUUUCUAGGAGUGAAAGGAGUGCAUUGUCUUUCUCACUACUCUCUUGUUUUAAUAUUGAGCCUGAAAUCCGUUUCAGCAUUCUCUGGAUCUCUUUUUGGUUAUUUUUAGAGAACAGAUACUUAAUUGUGUGUAAGGUUUGGUGGUCAUCUCCUGCCAAAAUACCAAAAGAAAGAACAAAAUCCAAUUUUCCAAAAACUGUCCAAAGGUCUUUGCUUUUGGCAUGUGUGAAUGAGCAUUUGCAGGGAAAACUAUAAGCUGAUUUUUCCUUCUCAUCACUAUCACCUCUGCUUCUGUAACAGCCCCGACAAGUCAAGAGUGAGUCUGGACUAGAACUGCCUCAGAUCAGCAGAUAACACCUCUGCACGGCAGGAACUGGUUGGACUAGUUCAUAAGUUGGAGGAGAGGGCAGGGCAGUUUAACCCUGCCUGAAGGAGAGCUGUGUUUUAUUUUCCUCCCACUUGUCCUUUUGGGAGAAAGCAGUGCGCUGAGAGAGCGGAGAGAGAGACUGAGCUGCUUUUUUAUUUGGAGAGCGACUGUUUUGUCCCUCGUCACUAUGCUUAGGGAUAGGUGAGGUGUUUUUUUUUUUCCUUCGUUCACGGGGGGGGGGAGAGAAAGUGAGAGGGAGGUAGAAAGAGAGAGGGAGUCAAAGUGUAAUUUAUUGUUUCCUGUGAAAGAGCAGGCUGCACCCUUUUUCUCCUGCCUGAACUCUGAACCACUCAAUGUGUGUGUCUGAAGUUUUCUCAGACCUCGGGAGCCAUUGAUCGGAGGUCAGGGCAGAAAACACAGAGGUGAAAGACAAGAACAGAGCGAGCAGAGGGAUUAAAGAAGAGAGAAAACAGCACUGGGAAGGACCUCCAGGUCAUUCCAAACAGACGGCAAGGGAGGAAAGGUCAACACGGGGGAGUCCGAGACAACUUUUCAUCACACUUUUAAAUCUUCUUGGACAAAACCUGCUUUGAAUUUCAACCUGGAGUCACUGUGUUUUAGCCUGGAAUCAAUUUUUAGACUUUUAGGGUAGAAGGGUUGAAAGCCGGGGGACGGGGCGGGUCUGUGUAUGAUCCACUCACAGGGCUGCGUGUCUCAGAGAAUAUGGCCAUGGUGAGCGGGGGAUGGGGCAACCCCAACGGGGACAGUAAUGGACUGGGGGAGAAGGCUUACCUGAGGAGGGAGGAAGAGGAGGGCUCACCUCAGGCUGGAAGCAGCGAUGUGGACGUAGGGGACGAGGACAAGGCCUGCGUGGUGGACUGUGUGGUGUGCGGGGACAAGUCCAGUGGGAAGCACUACGGCGUGUUCACCUGCGAGGGCUGUAAGAGCUUCUUCAAAAGGAGCAUCAGAAGGAAUCUCAACUACUCCUGCAGAUCAAAUCGAGAGUGCCAAAUUGACCAGCAUCACCGCAACCAGUGCCAAUACUGUCGUCUGAAGAAAUGUUUCCGUGUUGGAAUGCGCAAAGAAGCUGUCCAGCGGGGCCGGAUCCCUCCAUCUCACUCAGGUAUCAGUCCCAACUCCCUGGCAGGUGGGGUUGGAGGACCAGGUCCGGGUCACGUUGGGGCAGACUAUUUCAACGGGCAACCGGUGUCAGAGCUCAUCACCCAGCUCCUCCGGGCUGAGCCGUACCCCAGCAGCCGUUAUGGGGCCCCAUACAGCCAGGCACAGAUGCAGGCAUCUGCGAGCGGAGCCUCCGUCAUGGGCAUCGACAGCAUCUGUGAGCUAGCUGCCCGGCUCCUCUUCAGCACCAUCGAGUGGGCCAGAAACAUCCCAUACUUCCCAGAGCUACCAGUCUCAGAACAGGUGGCGCUGCUGAGGCUCAGCUGGAGUGAGCUUUUCAUCCUGAACGCAGCUCAGUCUGCCUUGCCUCUUCACAUGGCUCCUCUGCUCGCAGCGGCCGGGUUUCAUUCGUCACCCAUGUCUGCAGAGCGCGUGGUGUCCUUCAUGGACCAGGUCAGGGUUUUCCAAGACCAGGUGGACAAACUCAACAGGCUGCAGGUGGACUCAGCCGAGUACAGCUGCCUCAAAGCCAUUGCACUCUUUUCACCUGAUGCAUGUGGUCUGACCGACCCAGCCCAUGUGGAGUCCCUGCAGGAGAAGGCCCAGGUGGCCCUGACGGAGUACGAGAGGUUGCAGUAUCCCAACCAGCCUCAGCGCUUCGGCCGCUUGCUGCUGCGCCUCCCCGCUCUGCGCGCUGUGCCAGCCAACCUCAUCUCCCAGCUCUUCUUCAUGCGGCUGGUGGGCAAGACACCCAUCGAGACGCUGAUCCGAGACAUGCAGCUAUCAGGGAGCUCCAUCAGCUGGCCCUAUGUACCGGGACAGUGAACCCCGCUGGCCUUCAGAGUGAGACGCACCGAGAUCAGAUUGGGGGAACACAGAGCUCACAAAGAUUACUACAAACACAAACUGAAUGUCAAAAUACAAACUGAGGAGUUUAACUUGUAGAGGUCAGCUGUUCCCGCAUUAGCUCUGUAAAGUUUGGUGGAAAUCACACCAAAGCUGCUUUCAGGGAAACAAAAUGCACGAUUGUCUUUAAACAUAUAUACAUAUAUAUAUAUAUAUAUGUUUGCAGCACUUGUCAGUUUUCUCUGAACUCCGUCUGAUCUCAUUUUGUCUCAUUCUGGACAAAAACAGGGCUUUAAUGAAAAUGCAGACUCUGACAAGAGGCCAUGUGCCCUUACUACCUCCUCCCAUAUCACCCCUUAUGUGACUCCGUUUGAACCCAGGCUCUGUGUGUUUUCUCUCUGCUUUAUUUUUUAGUCCAAAUAAAGCCAUAGCCGUAACUAUCACUUACAGGCACAGCUGGCCUUUUGUGGCAGCUUCAGAGCUUUAAAUUGUCACAACUGGGAUAUAUUGUGGUCACCAUUUCUAACUUAUGAACCCAGAAGUGGAAUGAAUUUGACCACCAAAUGAAUUUUGAAAAGAGUGCUCUACUGCGAAGUAUCAACUUGCACGCCAUUAAUAAAGAAAAACAGUCACAGCAUUGUAUUGUAUGUUAUACUGUAUAUGGUACAUACAUUAAAUAUUCAGUAUGUUAUAUACUUAAAGCCACAAUGUAAAGAAUUUAAAAAUUUCUGACUUUGACGCCCCCCAGUGGUAGUAAGAUAAAAGACAAUAUUCUACACAUAGUGGCUUUAAUAUAGUAUAUUAUACAAUGAUGAUUUUAGGCUUUAGUUUCCACUCUGCAAGUAAUGAAGCAGACAGGAAGUGGAGGUGAAUGUACUUUAUAAUACAGCAGCCUCUCAAACACACACCUGGCUCCUCAGACAGUGACAUCCCCGUCUAACAUUAUUACCUCAUGUUUUAUACAUCAAAGACAAAGAUUGUAUAGUGAACUGUUCAUGUGCUUAAGAUAAAUAUAAAGGGAUCAAGGUACCAACCUAUCAAUAAUAUUCCCCUGAAACAAAGACCUGUCUGUCCACCAGAUUUUUGGCCAAAGUAUAUCUGAAAAUGUUUUGAAGUGAAAUGUAAGAGGAAGUUUGACAGAUUGUACCUGAAAGCUACAGGGAGUCAGUGAUACUUCCUUUUCUAAAUUCCUUUGCUCUUAUGACGGUAGAAGUUUCAAAAAAAAAAAAAAAAAAGCAGUGUGUCAAAACAUGGUCAAAUGGACAGAGGUCACUUUGAGAUAACAGUAAUUAUUCUGCUUAUGCAAGGUACUCCACGUGUAUAAAGGUUAUGGUGUGUGUUGGUACUGAGAUAACAAAAAAAUUUUGUAUGAUUUUUUUUUUUAUUGUAUUACCUGUUAUUAUAUCUCAUUUUUAAAAAAGAAAACAAUGGCCAUGAUCCCUGAUGUGAUCAAACAACUUCAUCAACAGCCCAAAACGCUGUCCUUGUACCACUUUAUGUUGUUUGUUGGGAUAUAAACUAUAGUGAUUUGACUGUGUAGCUUUACAUUUAAAAGAACCAUGUUUCUAUGACCAUGCCAAACCUAGAAAUGCAAAGAAGUUGAUGUGGCUGAUUGGUUAUUUUUUGCAUUACUAGAAAUAAAAGUAUGCACAUUC